CGCCAUUUUCAAAAUAUUAUCAAGGCGACUCAGCAGCUCCUCAGAAUUAAUUCAGAAUUUCAUCGCACAAUGGAGAAAACUUCCGAUAAAACGUGUGACACUGUCGAACAAAUGCCUGAUUUCUCUAUGAAUAUGGAAGCUAGUCGCCUGGCAUCUUUCAAAGAAUGGCCGUUCGAUUCAGAUUGCCAAUGCACUCCAAAGAAGAUGGCUGCAGCUGGUUUCUUUCAUUGUCCUACUGAUCAAGAACCAGAUCUCGCCAAAUGCUUUAUGUGCUUCAAAGAAUUGGAUGGAUGGGAACCAGAUGAUGAUCCAUGGGAAGAACACUUAUCGCACUCAGGUCAAUGCCCAUUUUUAUCAAAGAAAAAGAAAGAAGAUGAUUUAACAAUGGCAGAGUUUUUAAAACUUGAAUCUUCAAGACAAACAAACAGAUUAAUGAAAAUAGUUGAAACGAAAAUCAAGGAAUUCAAGCAACAAGCUACAACGGUCAGGGAACAACUGGAACUCCUGGCAUAGUGUUUUGAACUGUUAGUUCUUUCUGGUAUAGUGUAUUGUUAGUCUGACAUAGUGUACUGUUGAGCAAUAUGGGCAAGUGUGCAAACAUCAAAAAAAAAAUAGGCUGGCACACUACACCAUCAUUUGUUCACAUUUUUGUCUGUUUGACCAAUCUCUUACACAGAUAAGCUCAUUAUCUAUUGUGAAAACGUUCUUAUGCUGUUGUUUGUGCUGUCUCCCUUGAACCAGUACAACACAUAAAAAACUGCCUAAAAUUACAUCAAAAAUCUAUUUCCAAUAGCUGAUAGUAGUUUUCAGAGGAUGAUAUAAAAUAAUACACAAAGACUUGUCAUGCUAAACAUUGCCACAGUACCUACCUAGACUGGCUGAAAACUGACAUAUAUUCUACAAAACUCCCUAGACCAAGACUAGCCAUUAAUUAUAUUUCACCCUCUGUAAUCCAAGUCUGAAUUUGCACUAGAUAGACCUAACACUACGAAAUUGAAUACGUGCAACAUAAUUGAUUAAUGUGGUGGCUGUAUGGUUGGCUGCACACUUUCAUACAUGACAAUAGUCCUAUAUGAGAAUAGCGCAGUGUUCAGUCAAAUGGUUUUAUUGUAAAGAAUUAUGAGUAUUUUUUUACUUUACUCUGAAAAUACCCAUAAAUCUUUACGAUAGAAGUUUGGCUGACAUGAUGUUACUUUCAAAAUGGCCUAUUGUAUACCUAUACAUAAUAUACUUACUAAUUGAAAUCUAGUGUAGAAAUUGCCAGUGCAAGCAGGCUUUUAAAAAAAUUGUACUGAUAGAGGGCACUGCCACUUGAAUCUCCAA